AUGUCGCGAGAACCACGAGCAACACGAGAUUCAGGACGUCUAGCUGGGAGCAAAGCGAGAAGUCGAAAAGCAACUCCAGGUCUAAGGGUCAAAAGAUCUAGACUUGAGGAGCAGUCAACAGAGGAGAAAAACCCCUCUGUUGAAACAACAGAAGAAGAAGAGGUGGAGGAGACAACUGGUGAGUCGGUGGCAGAGAGAACAAAUUCACAGGCAAGCGGGAAAUUAGCAAAAGAGGACUGUCAGAGAGAAGUUUAUGAAGAUGCCGGGAAUGUUUCUGAGAGUCUUUUGAAAGAAUACGGCGUUGCCACGCUUUUUGGAACGUCAGAAAGGUGUGUUCCUCCCUCUGUCGUACAACUCCAGCCAGGUGAGACAGUCCCAUUAUCUGACAUCAAGGACCGAGAUUGGAUAGAGCAAGUAAAAUUCUGGACUUUUAGAGAUGCAUAUCGGCUGAUGCAUUCGAAGAUUUGGGUGGAGCACUGCGACCUGGUUCGUUGGGUAUGGACGUACUCUGACUACAAAGGCUCUGAUCCGCUUGUCAUUGCUAAUAUAGUUUUCAAUUUGAGAGACCGGUCGAAAGGUAUGCUCAAAGAUCUCAUGCUGAUGUGCAUCAUAUUUAUGGAAAAGGGAAACAAUGUCACUAAGAUUAUAGAUAGUGCUUCGCCCGAAUAA